CCAAGGUGGUUACCCAAUACCUCAGCGUUUCUUAGCGGGGGUGGACGGAUUAGGGCGUAGCGGCUAGACGCGUGAGACCAGAGCAUACAUUCUAGCAAUGAGUAGCUCUGACAGUUCAGAUCGUAAACCCGUAAAUGCUCGAGUCGUCGAUAUUGCCGAACGCAAAAGUGGAGUGUUGAAACCAACUCAGUAUGCAUUUGUUGUAGAGGUCUCCUGGUCAGAUGGAAGCCACACCCACAUUUGGAGAAGCUAUCACGAAUUCUUCCACUUCCAGUGCAAUUUGCUGAGCGAAUUUCCGGAAGAAGCUAGCGCUAGCGAUUCCAAAUCAAGAGAAAUUCCAUUUUUGCCCGGUAAGAAGUUGUUUUCUCGAAGUACCAAGAAACUAGCAGAGUCAAGACGUGAAGGAAUAGACACCUACGUUCAGGCUCUUCUUCGAUUAAAGAGUAAAAUCGUUGAAUCCGACUUAGUGCAGCAAUUUCUGCAACAGAAGGCUACUGAUCCUGUUGGGCUUGAUCAGAAACGAAGCGCAGAAACUCUUCAUUCUGCAGCCGCAGCAGCUGCUUCUGCUGAUAGACCAGAGGAUAAUGACGAUGUUGAGGAUGAACAUAAGAGAAUGGAUGGAAGAGAGCCACAUAAUGAGGUUGCAGUCAGUGAUGAGACAUCAGAAAGGGAUGAACAGCACGAGAAAUCCAGCCACUUGUCUCAAGAAAAAGAGACAGAAAACGAAGCCGUGCCACCUAAUACUGUUGAGAGUGGACAAGAGCAGCAGACAAAUGACAAAGAAGGCAUUGAUAACAAAGAUGGAGGUACAUUUACUCUUACAGCCGAGGUAGAUCUGAAACACACAGAAGAUGAGACCGAACUGAAAGAUGAGACCGAACUGAAAGAUAAGAAAGAGCCAAAUUUAGAAUCGGACAAUCAGCCAACUGACACAGAUUAGCAGGCAUGAGCACCU